CGCCGGGUGUCUUCCCAAACGAUGCCGCGCCAUAUGGACACCAGCUUUUCAAGGGGCGCCACGGCCGCGCUGCUCCGGCCAGCACCAGCCAGCACCACCGCCCAUCUCCCCUCUGCGCCCCCAUCCCCAUCGCCUGCAUCCUCAUCGCCGCCGAUUUGCAUCACUGCCACCACAUAGGCAAAGGCCCUGCAAGCACUCGGCCACACACCGCCGCACUGCACGCGUACCAGCCCACCCCAGAGCCCGCUGACUGCAAUAUUGCCCGCGCCCGCAAAACUGCGCUUGCCACCAGUCCUUCUGUCCUCAUCACCGCCGUCUGCACCAUCGCCAACGCCAUCGCGGCACCACGUCGCCGGCCCCAGCCUGCCAGCGAAAAUGUCUCCCAAGCCGGCAAAGAGCCUGACUGCCGUCCUGAAGCUUUCGCCCAAGAUGCUGGCGCAGUUUCCCCACGAGGCGCCCGCUCAGCCGUCGCCGGCCUCGAAGCCAGCAUCGACGCCCGAAGCCUCGCCUGCGCCCAUGGUGGCCGACUCCACUGCCGACUCUAAUGCCGCCGACACGCCUGUUGCCAUGAACGGACCAAGCACGCCGUCAUCACUCGCACCGCCCGCGCCUGGCAGCAAGCGCAAGGUCCCCGCACCGAAGGCUGGCACGAAGCGCGGCGCUGCUGCCAUCGACGGCGCCAGCACAUCAAGGGCGCGUGGCAAGCCUGGACCCAAGAAGCGCAAGCUCGGUGAUGAGAUCAACGACCCCAACAUCAAGACACCCUUUGCCGGUCCCAACCCUCUCCAGAAACUUGGCCCCAAGGCCAACCAGGGUGCCAUCAACGCCGGCCUGCGCGCCCUCGACCGCACGGGCAAGUUCAAGUGCCGCAAGUGGGAGAAGAAGGGCUUCAAGCUUCGCAGUUUCACCGGCGUCGUUUGGAAUGUGCCGUCCUGGAAGGCCCCCAACCGCAGCUCCGCCUUCUCAGAAGAUGUCAAGAGCGACACGACCGGCUCCAGCGACACCAAAGUCAAAGACGAAAGCAGUGCUCUCAGCGAGAAGAGCGGACUCGACGGCGACGCCUCCACACCCCUGGCGCCGCUCAUGGAGGGCCUCAACAGCUCGCCAGCCCCUGUGCCUGCUGCAUAGUACCUAGCUCUCGACCGUUUCUAUCCUCAUGGUCAUUCUUUUUUGCAUAUGUUUUAGCAUGUCUGGCGUUCAAAGAGCGCAUUGUGGGUAUACCAAAAGGGAGUCUCGAUCAACGGCGUUUGGAUAUGGCACAGGGAGACUGUCUUGCACAUGCGGCGCGUGACGUGCUUGACUACAGGUCUGGCGUGCCAAGGAUAUACCACGCAUUUAUCGUGCGUCCGCUGGGAAGGGCUAUGAUUUGUAUAGUAAUACCACAUAUCACGAUCAAACGCAUCAUUGCCAAAG